AGGGUCGGACUCUGGCGAAUUGGCUAUGCAAUCUCGCGCCUCGUCCGAGCUGAAGAAUCUCUACACAAGAGCCCAGCUUGUGCCCAUCUCGACCUAUGUCCGAUCCACACGACUUAAACUCGUACGGUCUAAUCGCUGUUUCGACUAUUCCGGAACGCCGACACCCAGAAGAGAGGACUACAGACCCAAUUCGCACGUGGCGCGAUCUAACUGGCUGGUCACGAAGCUGAGCAAGGAAGGAAGGAUCGGCGAAGCACGCAAACUGUUCGACGAAUUGCCUGACAGAGAUGUGAUCGCAUGGUCGGCUUUGAUCACUGGGUAUAUCCGAUUAGGGUUUAUGGAUGAGGCCAGACAACUGUUCUAUAGGGCUGAUUCGAAGAAAAAUGUGGUGACUUGGACCGCCAUGCUCAACGCAUACUUGAAACUGAAGCGAUUUCCGGAAGCCGAGAUGCUUUUUCAUGAAAUGCCGGAGAAAAAUAUCGUUUCUUGGAAUACUAUGAUCAAUGGGUACGCACAGAAUGGAAGACUUGAUAAGGCAUAUGAACUGUUCGAUAAAAUGCCUGAAAGGAACACUGUUUCAUGGAACACCAUGAUUGCGGCGCUGGUGCAACGUGGGAGAACAGAAGAGGCGAUGAACCUUUUUGAAAUAAUGCCCAAAAGGGAUGUCAUUUCGUGGACGAAUGUGGUUUCCGGUUUGGCAAAUGACGGUAGAAUCGACGAAGCCAGGCGGGUUUUUGAUCGUAUGCCCGAAAGAAACAUUGUUUCCUGGAACGCGAUGAUCACGGGUUAUACACGGAACAAGAGGCUAGAAGAGGCUUACGAGCUCUUUCAAGUAAUGCCCGAAAGGGACCUGCCUUCAUGGAAUACAAUGAUCACAGGGUUUAUUCAGAAUGAGGAAGUAAACCGGGCAUGGAAUUUGUUUGACCGAAUGCCCGAGCGCAAUGUCAUUUCUUGGACCACGAUGAUUACGGGAUACGUCGAGAAAAAACAAAGUGAAGAGGCAUUGAAGGUUUUCUCGAAAAUGUUAAGGGAUGGAUCGGUUAAGCCUAACGUAGGAACUUACUUGAGCGUUUUAAGUGCGUGUACCGACUUGGCUGGGCUCGUGGAAGGGCAGCAGAUUCACCAAGUGAUUUCUAAGUCGGUCCACCAAAAGAACGAACUUGUGACCUCAGCUCUUAUCAACAUGUAUUCAAAAACCGGCGAACUGAUUGUUGCCAGGAAAAUUUUUGAUGAUGGGUUGGCAAGCCAGAGGGACUUAAUCUCAUGGAACGGAAUGAUUGCUGCAUAUGCACACCACGGGCACGGGAAAGAAGCAAUCGAGCUGUAUAAUCAGAUGAGAAAAAACGGGUUCAAACCCAACGAGGUAACCUAUCUGAACUUACUCUCUGCUUGCAGCCACAGCGGAUUGGUAGAUAAAGGAAUGAAUUUUUUCGAGGAGCUAGUGAAAGACGGUUCCCUACAAUUGAGAGAAGAUCAUAUCACAUGUUUAGUCGAUCUCUGUGGAAGGGCAGGUAGAUUGAAAGAUGUGCUCGAGUUCAUCAACCGGGUAGGGAUUAAGCCAUCGGGUUCCAUAUGGGGAGCUCUCCUUUCUGCGUGUAGCGUUCAUGGCGAAGCGGGUAUCGCAAAGGAAGUGGAACAGAGAGUUCUAGUGACAGGGCAAGGUGAUGCAGGGACAUAUAUGUUGCUGUCUAAUAUAUACGCUUCGUGUGGGAAAUGGAAAGAAGCUGCAGGAAUGAGGUUGAGGAUGAAGGAGAAAGGGAUGAAGAAACAGCCUGGUUGUAGCUGGAUUCAGAUUGGGGACCAGACACAUGUUUUUGUCAUUGGAGACAAGUCUCACUCUCAGUUCGAAGCCAUUUACUCUGCAUUAUAUGAUCUUCACUCCAAGAUGAAGAAGAAGAAGAUGAUGAACAAAGGAUCAGAGGAUAUCAGUUCAGAAGUGUAUGGGUAAAAAUAGCAGGGAUCAUAGGGUUUUUUUCCAAGAAAAAAAGGGUUGCCGAAAUAGGGAUGGGCGUAAAUAUCCGAAUCCAUGGAUACCCGAUUUCCGGGUAUUUACCCUUGUCCUCUCGCUCCUAGCCAGAAUCCAUGGUCGUUGGUUGCCACUUCCUGAAUCAGCGGGUUUUAGACUGGUUUAAGGAUGGUUAACCAAAAACCAAGAAUCUAUUGAACCGGUCCUACUCUGCUUAUUGGGUUAAACCAGGUGUAUACCAAUCUAACCGCAGUUUCAGAUUUUAACUUUAUAUAGAUUUUAUCUUGUGUACUCGGUCAUCAAUUGACUUUCAAGGAUCAGUAGAGUAUAUCGUACCCGUUCGAUUUGGUUUAUGAAUGCUUG